AUGGCUGCUUCACAAUCACAAAUUAACUUCAGAUCCAUUAGCCUUCCUUCAAGGCUACACCCCAUAAACUCCACAGAAUUUGAAUCCAAGCUACAAAAGCUCAACUCUUGCACUUCCAAAAAUGCCCCCAUCACCUCAGAGACCAUUCGAUCCGGCCUUUUGGGCCUUGCCGAACUUUACAACUCGAUCGACAAACUCACACAACAAAACAAAGAUCCAAAAUCGAUACACUACUCGCUAGAAAGCUCGGUUCACUUGCUCGAUUCUUGCAACACCAUUAGAGAGUUGGUUCAAAUGAUUCGAGAAAGCACACGAGCCCUCCAAUCUGCAUUGCGCCGCAAGGGUCUUGUGGGUCCCGUCAUGCAAGACGACGUAAAUUCGUAUUUUUGUUCAAGAAAGAAGAUGAACAAGUGCAUAGACAAGGGCCUCAAGGCACUCAAGAGUUUGGAAAAUAAAAACGGAUCAAAUGAUGUGUCGAUGAGCGAUUGGGCGACGAUCAACGUCUUCAAGAGCACUUUGGUUUUCUUGUCAAUGCCGGCGGGAAAAUCGUGCGGCUGGAAUUUGAUCUCCAGGCUGAUGAUUGCAAAAUCUAUGGACAGGGAAAAUAACCUAGGUGUUAUUAGUGAGGUUGGGUUAGUAGAUAGUGUGUUGUGUGGGCUUAGAAAUGGGGAUUCGAAGGCUAUUGAUGUGAAAAUGGUGCAGAAGAGUUUACAAUAUCUUGAUGAUUGUGUUGAAGGGAUUGAGGCAGCUCUGGAGAGAUUCAAAAUGGCAACCCAACCAAACCAUUUUCGGUCUAUCAGCUUCCCUUCAAGAUCAUCAAAAUCCAAGAAUUUUCAAUCCCACAUACAAAACCUCAAAUCUCUUGAAACUAACCUUAACUCGGAAGCCAUUCAGUCUGCACUUCUAGACCUUGCCGAAUUACACAACUCCGUACAAGAAGCACUUGCCCAAUCUCAAAAUUCCCAAAAAACAAUUAUUUUUCACCAAAACACAAACUCCUCGAUCGAACAAUCUCUUUCGGCCUCAGUCGAUUUUCUCGACGUUUGCAGCAGCAUUCGGGACCUCACGCAGAUGAUUAGAGAAAACGUUCAGGCCCUUCAAUCUGCUAUACGAAGGAAGGGACUCGAUUUUUCCAACAUCGAAAACGAGAUGAAUUCAUAUUCCUCUUUUAGAAAGAGGGCUAACAAAUUCGCGGCGAAAACUAUUAAACCACUUAAGAAUAUGGAAAACAAGAACGGGUCGAAUCUUUCUUCCCCAGUUGAUGAAAACGGCAGUUUCGCUGGGGCUUUAAGUGAAUUGAGUGGCCUGACGAUAGCAAUUUUGAAGAGCACUCUGGUUUUCUUGUCCUGUCCAGCUGGCAAAUCCGGCGGCUGGAAUUUGAUUUCCAGGCUCGUGGACAGGGAUUAUAGUCAUAAUAAUCGUGGUUUUAUUAGCGAGGUUAGGCGUGUAGAUUCAUUGUUGAGUGCGGUUAGAAGUGGAGAUUCUAAGAUCUUUGACGUGAAUAUGGUGCUUAUGAGUUUACAAAAUCUUGAUGAAUGUGUGGAGGGGAUUGAGGCAGGGAUGCAGAGAUUGUUUAGGCAAUUGUUGCAAAAUAGGGUCACACUUCUUAAUUUUGUUACCGAUCAUUGA